CAGUGGCGGGGGCGCGCGGGCGCCGGGCCAGCCCUGCUUCGCCUGGGUCGCCCGCUGACGCGCGCCGCAGUCGGAGCCUGAGCCGCGGGCGCAAGGGACGGCGCAGGGCUGCCGGAGGAACGGCUUCGUCGCAGACUGAAGGCACCGGCGCUCGGGGCCGAGCGGGGGGCGCGGCGUAAGAAAGAACCUUUGUGAUACUCCACACUUGUGUGCCGAAGACUUUAACCACAUCUGCUCUCAGGAGUUGGCAUCCUGGGAAAAGAACGGCUUCCAGAAUCAAGGAAAUUUUUGGGAGGUUCCUGGCCUGGUGGAUCUUUGAAGAGGAACGCUAAGAAGACUCUUGGUUUAAAGAAGUCAAAGGAAGAAAAAUUUCUUCAGAUAGGAAGAUCUUCUUCAAAGUUUCCUGCAUGAGAAUUAUUGACACACUGCACAGAAAUCUUUUGUGAGAGAAGAAAAGGAAAUUCAGCUUGUGGGGCUCAGCAGGAGCUCGGCUAAUGCAGCUUAAAAUAAUGCCGAAAAAGAAGCGCUUAUCUGCAGGCAGAGCGCCGCUGAUGCUCUUCCUGUGCCAGAUGAUUAGUGCCCUGGAAGUCCCUCUUGAUCCAAAACUUCUUGAAGACUUGGUACAACCACCAACCAUCACUCAACAGUCUCCAAAAGAUUACAUUAUUGACCCUCGGGAGAAUAUUGUAAUCCAGUGUGAGGCAAAGGGGAAACCUCCUCCAAGCUUUUCCUGGACCCGAAAUGGGACUCAUUUUGACAUAGAUAAAGACCCUCUCGUCACCAUGAAGCCUGGCUCAGGAACCCUCAUAAUCAACAUCAUGAGCGAGGGGAAAGCAGAGACCUAUGAAGGAGUCUAUCAGUGUACAGCCAGGAACGAACGCGGGGCUGCGAUUUCUAAUAACAUUGUCAUCCGUCCAUCCAGGUCACCAUUGUGGACCAAAGAAAAGCUUGAACCAAUAACACUUCGAAAUGGCCAGUCUUUGGUCCUUCCCUGCAGACCACCAAUUGGGUUACCACCACCCAUAAUAUUCUGGAUGGAUAAUUCCUUUCAAAGACUUCCACAGAGUGAGAGAGUUUCCCAAGGUCUGAAUGGAGACCUUUACUUUUCCAAUGUGCUCCCGGAGGACACCCGGGAAGACUACAUCUGUUACGCCAGGUUUAAUCACACUCAAACCAUACAGCAGAAGCAACCAAUUUCUGUUAAGGUGAUUUCAGUGGAUGAAUUGAAUGACACUAUAGCUGCUAAUUUGAGUGACACUGAGUUUUAUGGUGCUAAAUCACAUAGACAGAGGCCACCAGCAUUUUUAACUCCAGACGGCAAUACAAGUCGCAAAGAGGAAUUAAGAGGAAAUGUCCUUUCCCUUGAGUGCAUUGCAGAAGGGCUGCCUACCCCAAUUAUUUACUGGAUAAAAGAAGAUGGAACACUCCCCAUCAACCGGACAUUUUAUAGGAACUUUAAGAAAACUCUGCAAAUCGUUCAGGUUACAGAAGCAGACUCUGGAAAUUACCAGUGUAUAGCAAAAAAUGCAUUAGGAGCCAUCCAUCAUACCAUUUCCGUCACAGUUAAAGCGGCUCCAUACUGGAUCAUAGCACCCCAAAAUCUGGUGCUGUCCCCUGAAGAGGAUGGAGCCCUCAUCUGCAGAGCGAGUGGCAACCCGAAACCCAGAAUUAGCUGGUUAUCAAAUGGAGUCCCGAUAGAAAUUGCCCCUGAUGACCCCAGCAGAAAAAUAGAUGGCGACACCAUUAUUUUUUCCAAAGUUCAAGAAAGAUCAAGUGCAGUGUAUCAGUGCAAUGCCUCUAACGAAUAUGGAUAUUUACUGGCAAACGCAUUUGUAAAUGUGCUGGCUGAGCCACCACGAAUCCUUACAUCUGCAAACACACUCUAUCAGGUCAUCGCAAACAGACCUGCCUUACUGGACUGUGCUUUCUUUGGGUCUCCUCUGCCUACCAUCGAGUGGUUUAAGGAUGCUAAAGGAAGUGCUCUUCGUGAAGAUAUUUAUGUUUUACAUGAAAAUGGGACUUUGGAAAUUCCUGUGGCCCAGAAGGACAGUACGGGAACUUAUACAUGUGUCGCACGGAAUAAGUUAGGAAUGGCCAAGAAUGAUGUUCACCUGGAAAUCAAAGAUCCAACACGGAUCAUUAAACAGCCUGAGUAUGCAGUUGUGCAAAGAGGGAGCACUGUGUCCUUUGAAUGCAAAGUGAAACACGACCACACCUUGAUCCCCACUGUCACGUGGCUGAAAGACCACGGGGAGCUGCCCAGUGACGGAAGGUUCACUGUUGACAAGGACCAUUUGGUGGUCGCUGAUGUCAGCGAUGAUGAUGGUGGGACCUACACGUGUGUGGCCAACACAACUCUGGACAACGUUUCAGCCAGUGCUGUGCUUAGCGUUGUCGCUCCUACUCCAACUCCAGCUCCCAUUUACGAUGUCCCAAAUCCUCCCUUUGAUUUAGAAAUGACAGAUCAACUCGACAGGAGUGUUCAGCUGUCAUGGACCCCAGGCGAUGACAACAAUAGUCCUAUUACAAAAUUCAUCAUUGAAUAUGAAGAUGCAAUGCAUGAGCCAGGCCUGUGGCACCACCAAACUGAAGUUCCUGGAACACAGACCACAGCCCAGCUGAAGCUGUCGCCCUAUGUCAACUAUUCCUUCCGAGUGAUGGCGGAAAACAACCUGGGGCGGAGCUUGCCCAGCGAGGCAUCUGAGCAGUAUUUGACUAAAGCUGCAGAACCUGAUAAAAAUCCCACAGCUGUGGAAGGGCUGGGAUCAGAGCCAGAUAAUUUGGUGAUUACAUGGAAGCCCUUGAAUGGUUUUGAAUCUAAUGGGCCAGGCCUUCAGUACAAAGUUAGCUGGCGCCAGAAGGAUGGCGAUGAUGAAUGGACGUCUGUGGUUGUGGCAAAUGUAUCCAAAUACAUUGUCUCGGGCACCCCAACGUUUGUUCCAUACCUGAUCAAAGUUCAGGCCCUGAAUGAUGCAGGGUUUGCCCCAGAGCCAGCUGUGGUCAUGGGACAUUCUGGAGAAGACCUCCCAAUGGUGGCUCCCGGGAAUGUGCGUGUCAACGUGGUAAACAGUACCUUAGCUGAGGUGCAUUGGGACCCUGUACCUCUGAAAAGUAUCCGAGGACACCUGCAGGGCUAUCGGAUUUACUACUGGAAGGCACAGAGUUCAUUGACAAGAAACAGGCGCCAUCUUGAAAAGAAGAUCCUUACUUUCCAGGGCAGCAAGACUCACGGCAUGUUGCCUGGACUGGAGCCCUUCAGCCACUACUCACUGAAUGUCCGUGUGGUCAAUGGGAAAGGGGAGGGCCCAGCCAGCGCUGACAAGGUCUUCAAUACUCCGGAAGGAGUCCCCAGCGCUCCAUCCUCUUUGAAGAUUGUUAAUCCAACACUAGAUUCUCUCACUUUGGAAUGGGAGCCACCAAGUCACCCGAAUGGCAUUUUGACAGAGUAUACCUUAAAAUAUCAGCCAAUUAAUAGCACACAUGAGUUAGGCCCUCUGGUAGAUCUGAAAAUUCCUGCCAACAAGACCCGCUGGACUUUAAAAAAUUUAAAUUUCAGCACUCGGUAUAAGUUUUAUUUCUAUGCGCAAACAGCAGCAGGAUCAGGAAGUCAAAUAACAGAAGAAGCAAUAACAACUGUGGAUGAAGCUGGUAUUCUCCCACCUGAUGUAGGUGCAGGCAAAGUAGAGGCAGUAUACCCCAGGAUCAGCAAACUUGCUACUGCCGCUGCUGAGACCUCAGCCAAUAUCAGUUGGGAAUAUGAGGGACCAGAGCUUGUGAACUUUUAUGUUGAAUAUGGUGUAGCUGGCAGCAAAGAAGAAUGGAGGAGAGAAAUUGUAAAUGGUUCUUGGAGCUUCUUUGGGUUAAAGGGUCUAAUGCCAGGAACAGCAUACAAAGUUCGAGUUGGUGCUGAGGGGGACUCUGGUUUUGUGAGUUCAGAGGAUGUGUUUGAGACAGGCCCAGCGAUGGCAAGCCGGCAGGUGGAUAUAGCAACUCAGGGCUGGUUCAUUGGUCUAAUGUGUGCUGUCGCUCUCCUGAUCUUAAUUUUGCUGAUUGUUUGCUUCAUCAGAAGAAACAAAGGUGGUAAAUAUCCAGUUAAAGAAAAGGAAGAUGCCCACGCAGAUCCUGAAAUCCAGCCUAUGAAGGAAGAUGAUGGCACUUUUGGAGAAUACAGGUCUCUUGAAAGUGAUGCGGAAGACCACAAGCCUUUAAAAAAAGGCAGUCGAACACCUUCAGACAGGACUGUGAAAAAGGAAGAUAGCGAUGAUAGCCUAGUUGACUAUGGAGAGGGAGUGAAUGGCCAGUUCAAUGAGGACGGCUCCUUUAUCGGACAGUACAGUGGUAAGAAAGAGAAAGAACCAGCUGAAGGAAACGAAAGCUCAGAGGCACCAUCUCCUGUCAACGCCAUGAAUUCAUUUGUCUAAUUUGUGAGCUCUUUGCCAAUAUCCAGCUUUUCUCAAAUGUUUAUCUUAAAAAGCACUUGUCUGUCCGCCUUCUCAUACUAUGAACAUAGAGGCAGAAAGUCUAUGUGCUGCUGGGUGUUCAUAUGAUGAGAACUGUCAAAGCAAGAACGUAACUCAGUCAAAUGAUAUCUUAAUGUGAACUGCAGUGCAAAGUGCAUACUUUUUCAUUCAACAUAGGUCAUCUUGAUUUCCUAAGAACUGAUAAAAAAAAAAAAUACAACAUCAUCAACAGAUCACCUUCUACCCGCUUUGGGAUACAGUUCAAUAGGUUGCAUGAAAAAUGCUACACCUUUAAAGGAUAUACCUGUGUAUGUUAUUCAAACAUGGGUUGGUACUUUGUUUGGUACUGUCCUCUGCUGAACCCCUAAGUAGGAAUUCCGUUUUCAUUGUCAAGAGUGUUACUGUAGUAUUCUCUAGAACUUCAAUGUCUUUGUGGACAUUGUGAAAUUGGUGACUCUAUGUCUAGCUGUCGUUAGUCUUUUUGGGAGACUGUUAGGAACCAUAUACAAUAUAUACUUGCUAAAUGAGUUAAUUAUGACAGGUACAUUUGCUGAUGCUUACUGAGACCCUCUUACCUGCUCUUUGCUCCUCUUACUCCAUUGACCUCUUAAUCAUCAAGGUAUUAUAUUGGUACAGUGUUCUACUUUUUACAUCCUCUCUCCAUUCUGUUCCAUGAUUUUUAGGCAUAAACAAUGUGUAUCGCAAUGCAUUUUGGCACUUGUGCCAGACCAAGAGAAUCUCAAACGGGUCACUCCAAUUAAAUUUCAAAAAUUAUUCCAGGAAGCACAGGGCAAGACAUAUGCAGUGCCUUCAGAUGAUAAGCAUUCCACAACAUACUGCCUUCUAUAUCAUUUGGUACAGUCAACUCGGAGUCCUAGAUUACUGUCAUUGUCUAAAAGUCACUUGGAAAUGGCAGAGUUCAUGAAGAUGGCAAUGUUGGGGUAAAAGAAGGAACUGUGACAGUAAAAUGAACACAAUUUAUUUUAAGGAGCAUUUCCCCCCAUAUGUAUAAAAAGAAAAGUUUUAUCACCAACUGGAGCAUAUAAUGAUUUUAUGGUCUCUUAUGGUUUCUAUUAAAACAAGUCACAUUCAGUAAGAAAGAUGUCAACCUGGUAGAAAAUAUUUUUUAAAACUUAUUUCAAAAACACCUAAAGCAAACCAACAGGAUUAUAUUUUUCUCUAAGUCAUUACCUAUGUGGCAGCUUUUGAAACUCUGCGGCAUUAAACAGUGUGUAUGCAAAUUACAUGGAUGCCUUGCAGAAUCUAAGAAAUCUGACAAGUGCUAACAAGGUCAACAGUCAAAGGGAUUACAUCUGUGGUUUUGAAAAUAAGCAUAUAUAUUCUACCGGCUUCAUAAAUAAUAUCUAUCAAAUGGUUUUCUUCCACAUAUGAAAUUCUAUAACAACCUAUGGUUGAAGGAAUGCUCAGUUUCACUUGCCAAUAAAUUGGUUUCUCAUAACUUGCAUCAAGUUUAAUUUUAAGUAAAGCUUUUUAUAUGUAGAUAUUUUGUUGAAUUUGUAAAUACACUUAGAGUGUAGAUGCUAUAUGCUUAGGGGUGUUACAUACAAAUAAACAUGCCAACAAUGUUUAUGUUGUACUGUAUAAAAUGUUAGCUAAUUAAUACAGUGCGUGGGAUUGGAAAGCAUUUACUUAAAUGCCUUCUGUGGUUUUAUUUUCUCUUUUUGCUGUGAAAGUGAAAGAGUGAACUAUUUUCCAUACUGACAGCAGGUUUCUAGAAGAAAUUUUCAGAACUUUGCCGAAGCACAGUUUGAAGUAAUCCCAGGUAAAGAUGGCCCUACAUAGUUUAAUGUCUCCAGUAUUCACUUUUCACAGAUCAGCCUUUCUUGUGGAAAUCCAGAAAGACCAGACAGGCUUGCCUUGGCAUCAGAGAGCACAAAGAUAAGUUACUUCAAAUUUACCAAUGUAUGGGGGUUGGGAGCAGGGGACAAUAUAGAUUUUCCUCUUCCACAAUGGUAGAUGCUAAAUUUAUCUGUGCAUGAAGGGGUCAUUUCUGUACUAGUGCAACAGAGUUUGUAUUAAAAAUUAAAUGUGGUUUUAAAAGUCCUUCUCUCUUUUGUAACAUAUCAUGUUCCUAGUGGAAUAUGAAUGUCCGAGUAAUGGUAUAUGUAACAGUAUAGGCAGAUGUGACUGGAUUUCCGUCAAAAAAGUAACUAUUAAAGAGUCAUGAUCUCUUUGUGAUUCUUAACUUCUUCAAACCUAGAGUUCCUAAUGUUUUAUUUUAUUUUAUUUAUUGGCUGCAUCACACUGCUUGAAGGAUCUUAGUUCCCUGACCAGGGAUCAAACCUUGGCCCCUGGCAGUGGAAACUCAGAGUCCUAACCACUGGACCAACAGGGAAUUCCCCCUAAUGUUUUAAAAUAUAAUGCAGAGUUUGAUUUUUGCUUUUAAAAGGCAGAGAAAAAGUUAAAUGAAAAGCUAAACAAUAUGAAAAAGAGCUAAUAAAAGAGGGGCAUAUCAAACAUUGUAAUGCAAAGCAGGAAUAGAUAUUAACCAGCCUUUGGAGAAACAGUCUGAGAAGUUAGAUGCCGCUUUCUUUCCUGAAGCCCGAUCACCACGAGCCUGUUUCCUGUUGUCAUCCUUUCUUCUGCCCGCCUGGACCUCUGCCAUCUCCAGCCAUGGCAACUGGAUUCCUUAACUUCUCCUGCUUGAUGAAACAGCUUGAGUGUGGACAAGUAGCAUUGACGGAUGUGUCAUCCAGCCCCUUCUCAGCAGCCCAAUUCUUCUUGAGACUCAUAUCUGUCCAGCUCUGCAAAUAGCCAAGACCUGGCUUGUUCCUCCAUCUGCCCUUGGUCCCAGCUUUCUACCCGUAAGACCUUGUGCUGGCACAGAGCUCCCUCUCCCUACAGAGUUACUUGGAUACCAAUGUGAUACGUGCAUCAACUGAACGAUGCUAAUAGACCCUAUGUAGACCUUAGUCCUUCUACCAUGGAGAGCAUUUACUUUUGAGCAAGUCAGGAUCAUCAGUCACAGGUCUGUUUAGCAACACAGCCUGGCCAGUUGUAAGCCUGACCACAAAAAGCAUUGGUUUGCUGAUGCCUUCUUGUUCAGAUGGUUUAUAAUGGCCCUGCUUUGCUUUUCUCUCUCUCUCUUUUUUUUUUUUUUUUUGUGUGUGUGUAAACUUAAAUUUUAUUGAAGACCUAAGAUAUGAAAAUUCUAAAAAAAAAAUGUAAUUGGUACUUCUGUAAUUUAAAGUAUAAUGAUUAAUUUUACUUUUGUAAUUUAAGUAAUUUCAGCAAGCCUUUUUUUAUCAUGCAUUUCUUUAAGAUCUAUGUUUAUAAAUUGACUUCACAAGUUGGAUAAGACAUUAGAUAAUUGAUAUAACCCAGUGCAACCUGGUUUACUUUUAAUGUCUGAUAAAAUAAUUGGAAAUAGCUUGUGGAGGCAAAGGAAAUAAAUGUGAAGAACUGAGACUUCUCACCCCAACUAAGCAUCUCUCUCCUGCUCAUGAGAUUGUUCUAUUUCUACAAAUUGCCACCAGAGGGCGCCCGUACCUUAUUCAAUGUGAAACAAAACAAAAAAACUGGGAAAACAAAGCCUCUGGAGAAACAGUGCCAAGGACCUCUGAUAAUCAGACUGGGUCUGAUCAUGCAGAAAAUGAUUGCCUGCUGUAACUGGGAGAAACGGAAUUGGCAGCUUUCUCUGAGGAGUUCACAACCUCCAGGGAGCGCGUCUGUGUCACCAUGAGCCUCAUCAGUAUCUCCUUCCUGGUAUGGUGGCCAGGUGGCUGCUGGCCCAUCAGCAGAGCGAAAGGAUUAGGAGUCGGCCUCCUUGCUCUCUCCAGACACACCUCACCUGCAAGCUGGUGGUUGCGAAGGAGGGGCAGGAUCCUAAAAUGGUCCCUCCCCUUGCCCAUCAUGCCAUUUUGGCUGCCACAAGUGGUUUGAUAUUUUGUGGCUGGUUAACACAGUAAGCACAGUUUAAGCACAGUUUUUCUUGUUCGCUUUAGAAAAAGCAGGAGAGGGAAAGAAUACUCCCAGAGUAUUUCUAUUAAAGAAGCAAACGGAGGUAUAAAUGCUGCAAGGGGAAGGCACGGGGUCCAUGAGAGCAAGUGAUGGAGGAGACUGAGCUGUGCGGGGUGGUCCGGAGGCUUCCCUGAGAAGCUGGGAGCUGGGGGACAGUAGGACCCAGGAGGAGAAGGCAGGACAAAGCCACUGCCCAGGAGAGGCCCUUGUGUCGCGAGCAGAUGCCGGGGCCAGAGCAUACUUGGGCCCUGAGCACCGAAGGAUAGGUUUUUUUAUUUAGUCAAGGUGCAGUGGAAAGUGGGGAGUAAUUAAAAAGGUUAAAGAAAAGGGUUAUAUGACCAGAUCUGUUUGUGAAUGAGGUGGCAUUCUUAGGAUUCAGUGUCGAGAAUGGGCUGGAAAGGAGCCAGGAAGGUUGAUAAGAAGCCACUUGGAAGCUUCGAAGUUGUUUAGAUAAGAGAUGAUAGAGGUUGGAUCCAGAUUAUAUCACUGGAGAUGGAGAGAAGUGGGAGGAUUCUAAAGAUAUUUAGGAAGGAAGUUAAUGGGAGAUAGGUCAGAUAUGGGAGAAUGAUGGAUCCAAGAUGGUGCUUAGAUUCCUGACUUGUCUAACCAGACAGUAUAUUCCUUUUUAUUUCUGUAGCCAUCAAGCCUCUCCAGCCUCAGUCAAUGUGUUCUGGAGACACUGUCUUGCUUCAGCUGUAUCUAUUUAGCUAUUAUCUCAGCGAAUGACUCAACAAAGUUUUUUUUAAUCAACAAACUUUGUGCCUGUGUUUGUGUGCUUGAGUAGGAGCAAACUCAGCCUGCACAUUGGACUCACCUGGGGAGCAUUGAAAGUCCUCAUGCCUGCCCACUCACUCCAUUGUGAGACAUAGCCUGGCAUCAGAAUUUUUCAAAGCUCCCCAGAUGAUUCUAAUGUACAGACAAGACUGAAAUCAGCCACAAGAAACAUGUUUCUACACUCUUGUAUGUGCAUUUAAAGUGUUUAAUGAACAGUGUUUUGAAUACAUUUCUUCAUACAGGUUGAUCUCAAAUUAUCUUGUAUUUGUCCCAGUAAAAAAACGACGAUUACAUGCCUAGGGGAAAUGGACUCCGCAUCGUUGGUGGGAUUUAAAAUGGUACUUUGAAAAACAGUUUGGCCAUUUCUUAACAUGUUAAAUAUAAAUUUACCUUAUGACCCAGACGUUCCACUCUUGGUAUGUACUGAAAAAGAAAUGGAAAAAUAUGUCUAUGCAAAGACUUGUAUACAAAUAUUCAAAGGAGCAUUCAUCAUAAUAGCCAAACAACAACCCAGAUAUCCGGGAACUAAUGAAUGCAUAAAGACAAUGUGGUCUAUCCAUGCAAUUAAACAAUGAAUCCAUAUAAUUAAAUAAGAUACUAAGUAGUAGUUUUUUAAAAGUACUAAUACCUACUGCAACAUAGAGGACCAAGGGUAGCAUUAUGUUAAAUUAAAAAGCCAGACACAAAAGACCACAUACUGCAAGAUUCCAUUUAUUAUUUCAAAUGUCCAAAAAAGCAAGUCUAUAAAGACAAAGUAGGUUGUCUGGGAAUGGGAACAGGGAUUACUGUAAAUUGGCAGGAGGGAUUUUUCUAGAUUGAUGUAAAUGUUCUAAAUCUGGACCAGUGCUGACAAUGGCACAACUUGAUAAAUUUACUAAAAAUCACUGGAUUGUAUGCCUAAGUAAAUCUGUGGAAUGUAAGUUAUACCUCAAUAAAGCUGUAAGACAAACCAUCCCUAA